GGCAGGCAAACGGGACAUCACCGCCAGCCAUUUUGAUUGGUGUCAAAGAUUUGGAGAAGUGUGGAUUUGGUAUUUAUUCACUUUUUUCAGUAAUAAUCAAAGCCCGUGUUUCACUCCAGCAUGGUUUUUAACAAUAAAUAUAAUACGCGCCACUCCGGACGCUACAACACCGCGGGACAGUUCGUUUCAGCUGGUGUCAACCAGCAGCUGACGCCGCCGCCGCAGCAUCCGCAGCAGCCGCCGCUGCGCCAGCCGCACCAGGCCGCGCCCGGCGCCAAGCCGUCCAUCGCGCAACAAGCCAUUGUGAAACCAGACGUGGAAAUGAAGGUAGAGGGUAGCGUGGAGGGCUCCGAGGACGGCGCGGCGCGCCCGCACUGGAUGAAGGCCAAGCUGCCGGGAGUCAAGAAGCUGAGCAAGCGCGAGAAGCGGCGGCGCCAGAACGAGCACCUGCGGCGCAUCAUCACGCCCAAGAACGCGCUCAUGGUGCUCAACGAGAUGAUGCUGCACGAGCAGCUCACCAACGUGAGCCAGCAGCAGUUCAAGGUAGAGCCGGCGGACCCGCCCGCGCAGUACUUCAAGGCGCCCAAGACCAGCUUCUGCGCCGACCUCACGCUCGACGGGGUCACCUACAAGGGAUACGGUGAGAACAAGCUGAUGGCGCGCAACGCGGCGGCCGAGCAGGCCAUCCGCGACCUCAUCAUCAAGCGCAUGAACCGCGCCGCCGCCGCCGGCCUCGACGCCUCCGUCGAAGGUACGGCCCGCCUUCUCUUCCCCAAAGCAGCCAACCCCGAGAGCGCGAUGGAGAGCCUGCAGGACGACGACCCGCUGCCGAUGAUCCAGCUGGCCUCCUACGCGCUGCACAAGCUGUUCUCGGAGUGGGAGUACGACGGCCACAAGGUGCCACAGCUGCGUCCGGCCAGCGCGUCGGCGUCGGAGGCGGAGGGCGAGGCGUCGUCGGCGCCGGGCCCGCGGCGCGCCGCCAAGAAGCCGCCCAAGGAGCUGCCGCUCAACGCCGCCGCCAUGCAUCCGUGCAUGCUGCUCACCUACAUGCGGCCGCACCUCGAGUACCGCGAGCUGGCCGCCGAGGGCGACCGCCCGCAGAACAUGCUGUUCACCAUGGGCGUCGACGUCGACGGCGCCACAUACAUCGGCAAGGCGUCCAACAAGAAGGAGGCUCGCAAGGCGGCGGCCAAGUCGGCGUGCCAGGCGCUGUUCAACGUCAAGUUCGAGGACGUGGCCACCGCCAACGCGCCCGUCGUGGCCCCCGCCCCCACCGCCAUGGCCACCGCCUAAGCUUCCACCGGCGCCGGCCUGACGUACAGAGGCACCGCUCCCUAUGACCCGUACUCUACCCUACCACUGCUGCGUAUCCCAUACUUGGAAUAUCUUUAAGCGAGUUCUCCUCCGCUACUUUAUACUGUAAGUAUCACUUUAAUUACAUAAGACGGUCAUUUUCGUAAUUUAGACUUACAAAACCAGCUUCUGUACGUUAUCUGAUCGGUGGGCAAGUUUCGAUUUAUUCUUAUAUUAUGAAGUCAAAUAUUAUACUGUACAUAGACCUAGUCUAUUUUACACUGGGCAUGUAUUAUGUUACAUUUAUUAUACAGCUCCCAUAAAAAAAUAGUGACAGACAUAAAUGUCUGAAACGGUGAGGAAUAGAAGAUCCUUGACUAUUAUUUUUAGUAUUAUCGAUAUGAAGUGACGAGAAUAAGUUGUUAAGAGAAUCAAUGGAAUUUAUGAUGAUGAGGGACUUCCGUAGGGGAAAUAUUUUUAGUAGGUGUAGUUUCGUAGUCUUUGAACUUUAGACUUUUUAGAAGUUCUAUCUAUAGAUGUAUGUAUAUAAUUCCUUACUUUAAAUCGUACUCGACAAGACCUGUGCAAGAUGAAAUUUUUAUCCUAUUAUUAGUAGGAGCACGAAAAUUAAAAUAAUAUCUGUAAUCAAAAUCAAAUUGAUGUUAGUUUUGGCGUCGACCGAAAUUAUGUGAUGAGUACGUGUCGAGAGACUGGCGUGUGAUAAGAUGCGACUGUAUGACUGACUAUCUUGGUAACCUAGCGCAAAAUUGUGUAAUAAUCUUGAAAAAUUUAAUCAUUAAGGAAAUUAUUGACUGCAAGUGAGCAAAUUAAGUUUAUUAUUAUACACAAAAAAUAAUUUCGUAUGAAGUCACCAAAUAUAGCAAACCAAGUAGGGAACUGUAAUAUUAGAUGUAAGCAAUAUUUAUGUACGGAAAAACAUAAAAGAUGAAAUAAAUAUUCCAAGUAAUCUCAGAA